AUGGAGAUGAUGAUGUCGGAGACUUUAAUCAAUUCUGACCAAAGAAAGUUUGAUCUUCCGGUGGACUCUGAACACAAGGCAACAGAAUUCAGAAUAUUCUCAAUCGCAGCACCUCAUAUGAGAGCAUUUCACCUCUCUUGGAUUUCAUUCUUUUCAUGCUUCGUUUCCACCUUCGCUGUUUCGCCACUCCUCCCUAUAAUCCGCGACAACCUCAACCUCACCGCCACCGAUAUCGGAAACUCCGGAAUUUCGGCGGUUUCCGGCGCUGUUCUCGCUCGAAUCGCCAUGGGAACCGCCUGUGACUUAUUCGGUCCUCGUCUCGCGUCUGCCUCUCUUAUUCUCCUCACCACACCCGCCAUCUACUGCAGCGCCAUAGCCACCACUCCGGCCACCUUCCUCCUAGACCGUUUCUUCACUGGCUUCUCUCUAGCCACUUUCGUUUCAACCCAAUUCUGGAUGAGCUCCAUGUUCUCUGCUCAAGUUGUCGGCACUGCUAACUGUGUCUCCGGCGGCUGGGGAAACCUCGGCGGCGGGGCAACCCAGCUCAUCACGCCCCUUGUUUUCUUUCUCAUCCGUGACAUUGGUGCAACAAAAUUCACAGCCCGGAGAAUCGCAUUCUUCAUUCCUGCUCUGUUCCAGACCUUAUCGGCAUAUGCAGUUUUCUUCCUCGAGCAAGACCUGCCAGACGGGAACAUUUCCGGGCUCCAAAAAUCCGGCUACAAGCAAAAAGAUUACUUUUUUCAGGUUCUCCGGCAUGCAAUCACGAAUUACAGAGGCUGGAUUUUGACAUUGACUUAUGGGUAUUGUUUUGGGGUUGAAUUAACAGUGGACAACAUAAUUGCACAGUACUUUUAUGACAUAUUCAAUGUGAAUCUUCACAGUGCUGGAAUUGUUGCAGCCAGUUUUGGAGCGCCGAAUGUGCGUGCUUGA